AAAAGCCGUGCCGGCCGUGCCUCUCUCCAUUUUUGGUCUUCGUGCGCCUGGAUUCGCCAUGCCGAGCAGCGUAUGCACCGUGUGCGUUCGGGCCGAGGCACGCUAUACAUGUCCUCGAUGCCAAGCUGGCUAUUGCAGUUUGAGCUGCUAUCAGGCACACAGUGGCAAGUGCACUGAGAGCUUCUACCAAACGCAGGUCCAAGAAGAGCUGCGCAGCCAGCGGGUAGACGAGGAGGAGAAGCGGCACUUAGAGAAGGUCCUAGCGGCCCUGUCACACUUGGAUCAGCCGGAUGAGGAAGAGGAGACCGAGGAGACCGAGGACAGCUUCUCGGAAGAUCGCCUGCAGAUGUUGGCGGACUUGGCCUCGCGCGGCGCCCUGCGCGUGGAAGAUCUGUCCGAAGAGGAGGCACGGAGCUUCUUUGCGGAGCUGAAGAAGGGCGACCUCGCACGAGCCAUCGGCCCUUGGGAGCCAUGGUGGCAUCAAACAGCUGUGGUCGAUUUGAUGUCAAUGGACGAUGAGUGCACGAACGGCGAUGAGCGGCUUCACCGGUCUCCUCCGGAACACCUCUGCUGCAGUGCGACUGGCGACCGGAAGGCACACCCCUCAGUGGUCUUCACCCUGCUGGAGGCGCUGUAUGCCUAUGUCCAUACCAUGCGCAGCUUCAAUGGCGACUGGGACUGGGAUCCUCUUCAGGCCGCAGCUCAUAUGUUCCACAUCGGACGAAGCAUUUGGGGUCGGCAAGUGUAUUCUUCCGCCACUGAAGCGCUGCAAGCCUCGCAGAGCAUGGCCAGUAAGUUGCCAGGCAGCUUCGCACCCUUCGACAGGCACUGCUUGGGAGACGUGGCUACGCUGCUACGGCGAUCCUUAGGGAGUUGUGCACGUGCGAUUUUAGAGGCGAAAGAGCUGAGUGAGCAAGCUCAUAAGCUUGCUGAGGAGCCCAAGUCAGCUUCACGGUUGCUACGGGGGGUGAAGAAGCUCGAGUUCUUGUCCGCCUUCGCCUGGUACCAUGAGGAGGUUUUGAGCGUCGAGGUCGCUGCCGAGGUGCAGGCCCUACAAGAGAUCCUCGAGGGUGCAGAGGCCAAAGCCGCCCAGAGGAUGGAAAUGGCAAAGAAUGAAAUAUUGUUACCAGAACGAAAUUAAAAUC